CUCUCGCGGACCACCCCCCUCUGCCUCCCGCAGCGGCGGCGGCCGAGGCCCGAGCACCAGCCCGCGGGGCGGGGCGGGGGCUGCUAUUUCUGUCCGGUGAGCGCAGCCGGGCGGCGAGGCGGGGCAGGGGGCGCCCGCGUCGCCAUAUUCCCUCCCGCCGGCCGCCAGCGGCGCGCAGCCACCAUGAGCACCGCCGCCUUUCACAUCUCCAGCCUUCUGGAGAAGAUGACGUCCAGCGACAAGGACUUCAGGUUCAUGGCCACCAGUGACCUGAUGUCAGAGCUGCAGAAGGAUUCCAUCCAGCUGGAUGAGGACAGCGAGCGCAAGGUGGUAAAGAUGCUGCUUAAGCUCCUAGAGGACAAGAAUGGCGAGGUGCAGAACCUGGCAGUCAAGUGCUUGGGUCCUCUGGUGGGCAAAGUGAAGGAGUACCAGGUGGAGACCAUUGUGGACGCUCUCUGUGCCAACAUGCGGUCAGAAAAGGAGCAGCUCCGUGAUAUUGCUGGCAUCGGCCUCAAGACUGUCCUGUCGGAGUUACCCCCUGCAGCCACAGGCUCCGGCCUGGCCACCAAUGUGUGCCGGAAGAUUACCGGCCAGCUCACCAGUGCCAUUGCCCAGCAGGAGGACGUGGCCGUGCAGCUGGAAGCCCUGGACAUCCUCUCUGACAUGCUGAGCAGGCUGGGCCCCCCACUCGGUGCCUUCCACGCCAGCCUCCUGCACUGCCUCCUGCCUCAGCUGAGCAGUCCACGCCUGGCCGUGCGCAAGCGAGCUGUCGGGGCACUGGGCCACCUGGCGGCUGCCUGCAGCACCGACCUCUUCGUGGAGCUCGCCGACCACCUGCUGGACCGGCUGCCGGGCCCACGCGCACCCGCCAGCCCCGCUGCCAUCCGCACCCUGAUCCAGUGUUUGGGCAGCGUAGGCCGCCAGGCAGGCCACCGCCUGGGAGCCCACCUGGACCGCUUGGUACCUCUGGUGGAGGAGUUCUGCAACCUGGAUGAUGAUGAGCUCCGGGAGUCCUGCCUCCAGGCCUUCGAAGCCUUCCUGAGGAAGUGCCCCAAGGAGAUGGGCCCUCACGUGCCCAAUGUAACCAGCCUGUGCCUCCAGUACAUGAAGCAUGACCCCAACUAUAACUAUGACAGUGACGGGGAUGAGGAGCAGAUGGAGACAGAGGAUAGUGAGUUCAGUGAGCAAGAGAGUGAGGACGAGUACAGUGACGAUGAUGACAUGAGCUGGAAGGUGCGCCGGGCAGCAGCCAAGUGCAUGGCAGCCUUGAUCAGCUCUCGGCCUGACCUGCUACCCACCUUCCACUGCACCUUGGCGCCAGCGCUCAUCCGCCGCUUCAGGGAGCGUGAGGAGAAUGUCAAGGCUGAUGUCUUUGGGGCCUACAUCGUGCUGCUUCGGCAAACGCGGCCCCCGAAGGGAUGGGUGGAGGCCGUUGAGGAGCCUACGCAGACUGGCAGCAGCCUCCACAUGCUGCGAGAACAGGUGCCCCUUGUGAUCAAGGCCCUGCAACGGCAGCUGAAAGAUCGGAGUGUCAGGGUCCGCCAGGGAUGCUUCAGCCUCCUCACUGAGCUGGCGGGCAUCCUCCCUGGCAGCCUGGCAGAGCACAUGCCUGUGCUGGUAGCAGGCAUCGUCUUCUCACUGGCGGACCGCUCGAACUCCUCCACCAUCCGGAUGGAUGCCCUGGCAUUCCUGCAGGGGCUGCUGGGCACAGAGCCCGCCGAGGCCUUCCAUCCACACCUGCCCACCCUCCUGCCUCCGGUCAUGGCCUGUGUGUCUGACCCUUUCUACAAGAUCGCAGCCGAGGCCCUGCUGGUGCUACAGGAGCUGGUGCGGGCCCUGUGGCCCCUGGACAGGCCUCGGACGCUGGACCCCGAGCCAUACGUUGGAGAGAUGUCUGCAGCCACCCUGGCACGGCUCCGUGCCACCGACCUGGACCAGGAGGUGAAGGAGCGGGCCAUCUCCUGCAUGGGCCACCUUGUGGGCCACCUGGGUGACCGGCUGGGGGAUGACCUGCAGCCAUCGCUAUUGCUCCUCCUGGACCGCCUGCGGAAUGAGAUCACCCGGCUGCCUGCCGUCAAGGCCCUGACGCUGGUGGCUGUGUCCCCGCUGCAGCUUGACCUGCAGCCCAUCCUGGCCGAGUCACUGCCCAUACUGGCCUCAUUCCUGCGCAAGAACCAGCGGGCGCUACGGCUGGCCACACUGGCUGCCCUGGACGCCCUGGCCCGGAGCCAGGGACUCAGCCUCCCUCCAUCUGCUGUUCGGGUGGUGUUGGCGGAGCUGCCUGCCCUGGUCAGCGAGAGUGACAUGCAUGUGGCCCAGCUGGCUGUAGACUUUCUAACCACAGUGACCCAGGCCCAGCCAGCCUCUUUGGCUGAGGUCAGUGGCCCUGUGCUCUCAGAGCUGCUGCAGUUGCUGCGUUCACCCCUGUUGCCAGCAGGUGUGCUGGCAGCUGCCCAAGGCUUCUUGCAGGCUUUGGUGGGGACCCGGCCCCCGUGUGUGGACUACGCCAAGCUCAUGGGCCUGCUCACUGCGCCUGUUUACGACCAGGCUGUGGACAGUGGGCUGGGCCUGCACAAGCAGGUGUUCCAUUCUCUGGCGCGGUGUGUGGCAGCCCUCACAGCUGCCUGUCCCCAGGAGGCAGCAGGCACAGCAAACCGCCUGGUCUGCGAUGCCAGGUCACCCAACUCCAGCACGGGGGUCAAGGUCCUGGCAUUCUUGUCGCUGGCUGAGGUGGGCCAGGUGGCCGGGCCUGGCCCCCAGCGGGAGCUGAAGGCUGUGCUCCUGGAAGCCUUAGGGUCACCCAGUGAGGACGUGAGGGCUGCAGCCUCCUAUGCACUAGGCCGUGUGGGCGCUGGGAACCUGCCCGAUUUUUUGCCCUUCCUGCUGGGACAGAUAGAGGCCGAGCCCAGGCGGCAGUACCUGCUGCUGCAGUCGCUCAGGGAGGCCCUGGGGGCUGCCCAGCCUGACAGCCUAAAGCCCUACGCCAAGGAUAUCUGGGCCCUGCUGUUCCAGCGCUGCGAGGGUGCCGAGGAGGGCACCCGGGGGGUAGUGGCUGAGUGCAUCGGGAAGCUUGUCCUCGCCAACCCGCCAUUCCUUCUGCCCCAACUCCGGAAGCAACUUGCUGCAGGUCAGCCCAACACCCGGAGCACUGUCAUCACAGCGGUCAAGUUCCUCAUCUUGGACCAGCCCCAUCCCAUUGACCCCCUCCUAAAGAGUUUCAUUAGAGAGUUCAUGGAGAGUUUGCAGGACCCAGACCUGAACGUACGCAGGGCCACUCUGACUUUCUUCAACUCAGCCGUGCACAAUAAGCCCUCGUUGGUCCGGGACCUGCUGAAUGACAUCCUGCCCCUCCUCUACCGGGAGACAAAGAUCCGCCGAGACCUUAUCCGAGAGGUGGAGAUGGGGCCCUUUAAGCACACAGUGGAUGAUGGGCUGGAUGUGCGGAAGGCAGCCUUCGAGUGCAUGUACUCACUGCUCGAGAGCUGCCUGGGCCAGCUGGUCAUCUGCGAGUUCCUGAACCAUGUGGAGGACGGCCUGAAGGACCACUAUGAUAUCCGGAUGCUGACCUUCAUCAUGCUCGCACGAUUGGCUACCCUGUGUCCUGCGCCUGUCCUGCAGAGGGUGGACCGGCUCAUUGAGCCACUCAGGGCCACCUGUAUUGCCAAAGUCAAAGCUGGUUCUGUGAAGCAGGAGUUUGAGAAGCAAGAUGAACUGAAGCGCUCUGCCAUGAGGGCAGUGGCUGCCUUGCUGACCAUCCCAGAAGUGGGGAAAAGCCCCAUCAUGGCUGACUUCUCUUCCCAAAUCAGAUCCAACCCGGAACUUGCCACCCUCUUUGAGAGCAUCCAGAAGGAUUCUGCCUCAGCACCCAACACAGAUUCAAUGGAGCUCAGCUAGUCUUACCCCACCUCCUAGAUGGGCCCUUCCUCAAGAGAAGGGGCCCGCCCAGGCCUGAGGUCUCAGCCUCUCUCCCACCACGGAAGGCCACUGGCCUGUACUCCUAAAUGUUCAUCUCCCUGGGGGCCCUCCUGUUCCUCUUUGGGGUUUACAGUGCCUUCUCCAGGGACCCUAACUCAUAGGUUCCCCAACCUGAAGCUAGCUGUAAGGCUGCCAACAGUUGGGCCCUUUAACUCAGGACAGCCAUUCAAAGCACCAGGGUGGAAUUUUUCAAUGGGAAGUCACAUCACAAGGUUGAUGCGACUCCACACUGAUCUAGUUCUUCCAAGCUGGGGAGGCACUGCUUCACAAAAUACUUAGUAUUACUUCUGUGCUCACAGCUGUGAGGUAAGGAGGCAGCAGGCUGGCCUUUCUUCCCACUGGUGCCCCAUAUUUGUCACACCACUCUCAUUUUACAAUUCAUUUGAUCAAAUUGAGAAUACCAAUUAGUGCUUUGGCUGGGCAUCUUAAAAACUCAGAUACUUUUGAGUUAUUCACAUUUUUAGAAUUAAAAAAAAAAAAAAGAUUCUAACAGGCAGUGAUAAAUCAGAAAGGUUUUCUUGCAGGGGGUAAGAGUGUGGGUAGUGAAUUAGACCUGAUGUGUUUUUCUAAUUUCAACUCUUUAGGAAAUAAACUGGUAAACAGCAAAGCCCUACUAGAAGUACAAACCAUCUUUCAUGUCACCCCGCCUAGGCAACCAGUUGGUUUAUGCCCUUCUAAAGUUUUCAAUGUGUCCUUUUUAGAAACUCUUAUAGAAACAAGCGACAGGCCAAAGAAUUUUCUGUGCUAUCAGAAAACAGGUUAAUAAAGGAGAUCCUAAACUACAAUUUUCUCUGCACAAUUCGUCAGUAGUCAAACCACUUAUCAGUACGUGUCCCAAAUCAAUUCAAAGAAGUCAUGGAAAUGACCAAUAAUUUAAUUCACAAAUGUUUAUUAGGUUUUGAACAGGAAGCAGUCAACCUGUAAGACAUUUAUCUACUCAAAGAGCGAGCUUAAAUCCAGGCAUGGCUAACACACCAGGAACAUUUUAAUGUAUUAUUCUUGGCUCAGUUGACCAGGAUGGUUAAGAAACACACCACUACUCUAUUAUACCUAUUUUGGCCAGAUCAGCAAAGAUAUUUGGUCACAUUUUAGUUUGUGUGCUGAGAUGAGAAAGGUUGAAAAUAGCUGUACUAGAGUACCACGUGCCACAUCCCAUGUGACCUAUACUUUCUUGGCAUAGCAUAACCUCAGAAUUAAAGUUAGAUCCUACCUACUGUAGUUGUAAAGGAGUGUUAAAUUCUGAGUCCCAAUUAUCACGUUAAGGAUCCCACACCUAUGGAAAUUAUGCCUGAAGCGGCGAGUUGGGGGAGUUUACAUAAGGGAAAUUGAAAGCCACCUUCAAGCAUCCAGGGCUGAUCAUUAUAGAGGGAUUUGUGUCACCCUGUUUUGUAUUUUUGGACAGAAGCUAUAUUGUGCUAUUUCAACACCGAGUAAGAACUUAAUGAAGAAAUUUACCUGGAUCCUUUCAUGCAUUUUCUCAAUCUCCACAAGAACCACAGAAUAAUUUAUUCAACUUUACAAAAAGUGAGACUAAGAACAGCUUCCUCUGAGCUGCAAGGUCCUUCAAUGAAGUCUCAGAACCUUGGUCUGAGGGCCAAGUCUUCCCCAGCCCUAACUGGAGCUGACCAAGGCUGGUCUGGGCACCUAAGGCCAGUGCCUUGUGAAGGAUUGAGUAUCCUUCCAAAUGGCAGAUUUCAGAGCAUUAACAGGCAAAAGAACAAUCUCUGACAAGCUGUCAGAAACUGGAGAGUAAAACCAAGGACGGAAAUGCCAGAUGGCAGAAUUUUAUGAUUUUAUUAACACAAAUACAAUGUGUACACAAUCUGUCUACUCGUUUUCUUCGCUGCGCAGCCUGGCAUUGGGAUUGGUGACUCUGAUGGCCAGCUGGGCUGCUCUUUCCACAAUGGCUUUGCGGUUCUUUGAGGAGACGUUGUGAGCAAUCUCAGCACAGUAAGAUCUGGAAGAGAAUCCAUAAGUGGGUAAGGAGCAAGCCAGCCCAGAACACAUUGUGUGUUCCACUGGGAAGGCAACAGCGUUGGUCACUUCACCUCCAAGCCACAGCACUGGGCAGAGAGGGUGCUGGUAAAUGGUUGCUGAAUGACGACACCUGCACACCCCAAAUUCCACACUACUAGCAAGGCUCUCAAAGCUGCAACAAAAAGCACCCUCACUACCCCCUUAUUUAAUCUUCACAGAAGCCAUGUAAUCCAGGUCAUCACCUCCAUUUUACGGACGAGGUGGAAAUGAAUUUCCAAAUCACAUAUUCAAUAAUGAACAGGGCCAGGCUGGCUCAGCCCCAGACCCCAGGUUGAGAUUCUCCCUCAGUCUUUCUGGCCAAACUGCCCAACUCAGGGAAGUCUCAGGGAGCUUGGACUUGCUCCUGAAAGUUUUGGAACUGCAAGUAGCAGAGCAGACUCCAACAGUGUAAUUAAUCCAAGGGAGCUCCCUGAUCCAAACCAUAAAUAUUUUACUUGUUUGCUGCAGGUAAAAUUCAAGUUGAAAGUAACAUUGGCUCAAGCCACCCAGUGAGUAGCAAUACCUAACAUUUCCUGAGCAUGUGUAUACCAAAAACUGGUCUUAUCCAUUCCACACAGCUAAACAUAUAACAAAUUGGUCUAAUGAACAAAUUUCAGUAAGGAGGUGAUCUGAAGCCAGAAAAGGUGGUUAAGAAAAGAUACUACCUCUGGAAUUUCAGCAAAGAGAAGACUAAGGAGUGAUUAAAUAAGCAAUGAGUAUGUACAGUUUAAAAUAGGUUAACAGUGAGACAAGCAGAACAAAGCAUUUUUUUGUUUUAUAUAAAGGAGUCUACUCAAUCGCAAAGAAGCUACAUUUUAAAAUGUUUCCAUAAUCUUUGUUUUCAAGAAGACUUAAUUUGUAUUACACUUUGGGGCUUUCCCCCCAUAUUUUCAAAAACUCACCAUAUGGAUAAACUCACCUUAUCCAUAUGUAUUUAAUAAUCACACUGUACAUAUUUUAAAUACUUUCCCUGGUGCUUGGGCAUUUUUCCAUACGUGACAAUUUUUUAAUUUAUGUAUUAUAUUUACAAAUUGUUCAUUUACUGUUGCAAUGAUCAGCUUAUAGUUUCCCUGCAUUUUAUUUAAGCAUAAAUGCCCAGAAAUGAAACCUGUGGAUUAAAAAUCAUGGUUCCUGAUACUGCAACAUUUGCACUACAUCCAUUUUUUGCUACACAACAGGUAUAGAUUAGAUUGGGCCUCCAUCAUUAUUAAUCCCUAUGCUCAUCCUUUCUAAAGAAAAUUUCCAGUAUUUCCAUGCCUGGUUAAAUCUCCAACCUAGAAACUCAACCAAAUAUGGUUUCACAAAGAUCUUGUAUUGUCUGUGCGUAACCCAUGGACACAGAUAAUAGGCUGCUGAAGGGGGGCAGGGGCGAGCUGGAGGGGGACAA